CAACCCACAGUAUUGUUGCAGUUUAGUUGCAAUAGUAAGUAAAAAUAAAAAAACCCUCUUCUACUCUUUGGUGUUUCCGGCAGUAUCUUCCGCCGUUACGCCGCCGUCAGCCGCCACAAUCUUCUACUCAAAAAACUCACUCAUUUUCUUAUAAAUCGUUUUGAACCUUAAUUUUUGUAAAAGUUUAAUUCCGUACUUGUUUUUUGAGUUUGUCAUUUCACAUUAGUGAUUUUGACUUGGUCAAGAUCUGCUUCGAAUUUUGGGAUCCACAGCUUUUUUGCUGAUCUACGGCUGCUUCACUUCAUAUAUCAGUCUGAGUUUUGUCUCCGCCCUGUAAGCAUGUUUUCUCCACGAAAUGGAUUUCGGUUGUAAAAUUCUUUGAGCUUCUGAGAAAUUUCGUAGGGAAAUUGAGCUGAAAUUCUUGCUUUUAGAUGGAACUGACCAUGGAGGAAGCACUAAAAGCUAAAGCAAAUGCUGAAAGGAGAUUUGUGGAGAAAGACUUUGUGGGUGCAAAACAUUAUGCUUUAAAAGCUCAGGUGAUGUACCCCCAUUUGGAAGGAAUAUCGCAAAUGGUAGCAACAUUUGGAGUGCAUAGUGCUGCAGAGACGAAGGUUAAUGGAGAAUUUGAUUUCUAUGCAAUACUGGGUUUAGAUCCCUCUGCGGACAAGUCUAAGCUGAAGAAACAGUAUAAGAAGAUGGCUGUGUUGCUCCAUCCGGAUAAGAACAAAAGUGUUGGAGCUGAUGUUGCAUUUAGACUUGUCUCUGAAGCAUGGACAGUGUUGUCCGAUGGUGCCAAAAGAAGCUCUUACGAUCACAGGAGAAGUUUGUUUACCCUGCAUGCCUCUGGUGUUGGAAGCUAUGACAGUUACUCCAAUUCUUCAGUUUCUCAUAACAGGCUUGAUACAUUUUGGACGGUUUGUACCUCUUGUCACGUUCAGUAUGAAUAUCUUAGGAAGUACCUGAAUAAAAGACUGUCCUGUAAGAAUUGCCGUGGUGUUUUCAUAGCUGUGGAAACAGGUUUAGCCCCAGUUAAUGGUUCCUAUCCCUAUAGCUCUUGGUCUAAUGAAUAUGGAAGCCAUGGUUGCGGGGUUACAUAUGUCCCAACGACAUCUGUUUAUCCUGCAAAUACUGGGGUAUCAGGACAUCAUUCUGGACAUGGUUCUGAGCAUGUCUCUAAUUUGUCCUUUCAAUGGAGCUCCAGCCCUGGAAAUUCCGCUGCUGUUUUAGAUCCCAAUCGAUCCACAACUGUCAGUUUUUCGAACCAGGCAGGUAGGAAAAUCACCAGAAGAAGAGGCAGGGGGAAGCAAGAUAUGAAAAAGGUGGUGAGCAACGUGGUUCUUAACGGGUAUUCUGUGUGCAAUGAACAAAUACCCCGCAGGCCUGGUAGACCUGCUAAGAAGAUAAAAAUUGAUCUUGAAGGUACAUGCGGCUAUAGUAAUGGUGAAGUGGCUCUAAAAACUGCUGGAGAAGUUAAAAUGGCUGAUGGAAAUGGGUGCGGAAAUUUGAAACAAAAUGCUAAGCUUCCUACUCCCACUGAAGCUUCUAUAAGAAGAUUUUCAGCUGCUCCUGCAUUUGAUGCAAGACGGUUACUAAUUGACAAGGCAAGAGCAGAAAUCCGCAAAAAACUGGAAGAGAUCAAGUUGGCUUCAGAAGUUGCUGUUGCAGAGUCCCAGAAGAAGAGAAAGGCGGAUGCUGAGUUUGGUGAAUCAAGUGAAAGACCUAAAAUGGUCGCACAGGAAAAUGCUGUUCAUCAGUCAGAACUGAGGAAAACUGGGUCAAUGACAAUAAUAGUCCCAGAUUCUGACUUUCAUGAUUUUGACAAGGAUAGAUCAGAGGAUUGCUUCAAACCUAAGCAGAUAUGGGCUUUAUAUGACGAGGAAGAUGGUAUGCCUCGCUUGUAUUGUUUGAUCCGCGAAAUCAUCUCUGUGAAACCAUUCAAAGUUCAUAUCAGCUACUUAAGUUCGAAAUCAGAUAGCGAAUUUGGGCUGGUAAAUUGGUUGGAUUCUGGCUUUACCAAGUCGUGUGGAAAUUUUAGGGCCUUUAACUCUGAAAUUGUUGAGCAUGUGAACAUAUUUUCUCACCUGCUAAGUAGGGAGAAAGCUGGAAGGGGUGGUUGUGUUAGAAUCUACCCAAAAAGUGGAGACGUUUGGGCUGUAUACCGAAAUUGGUCACCGGAUUGGGACAGAACAACCCCAGCUGAAGUAAGGCACCAGUAUGAAAUGGUUGAGGUUCUUGAUGAUUAUUCCGAAGAGCUUGGUGUCUGUGUUACUCCUUUGAUUAAAUUAGAUGGGUUCAAGACAGUAUACCGUAGAAACACAAACAAGGAUGCCAUUCGAUUGAUUCGAAGAAGAGAGAUGUUACGAUUUUCACAUCAGGUGCCAUCUUGCUUACUGAAAGGUGAAGGAAUGAACUUGCCUGAGGGGUGCUGGGAUCUUGACCCUGCUGCAACUCCAGAUGAUUUGCUUCAGCGAGUAAAUGACGUGGAGGAAGAAAUACCUCGUGAAGUUGAAAGCUCAGUGAGAUUUGAUCUGAAUGAGACAUCUCAGGCUGAAACCAAAAUGUUGAUUGAAGAAAAGCUUAGACAACCAGAGUACGCUGGUGUUUCUGACGAGCUCCACAGCACUAGAUGUGGUUUGCAGAUUCAAGAUAUCUCACAUGAACCAGAAAACCUGUUCAGGCUUUCCACUGAGCUUCCUCAAUCUGUGAAGGAAGUUCAUACUUGCGAAGAACCAACCAUAAUGGAAAAUUUCUCUGACCAGGUGAGCAUCUUCGGGCUGUAAUGGAAGUAUAAGUGAAGGAAAGGCCAAGGGAAAGAGAUAAUAAAGAUCAUCGGUCCUUUUCAUUAAUCAUUCUAACAGUAUUGGGAUUCAAAAUGUAUAGAUUUAAACACAGCGAAGAGUGAUUCUCAAAAUAUUAGAUAGCUCGCAGGAUCAAAGCGAUCCUUAACACAUGCCUCCAUUGUUUUAGGUGGGCUAUAGGUCUGAUUAUCGACAUGUAAUGGUAAUUCUUCUUCUUCUGUAGCUGUUUAUUAUGUCCUAUUUUAGUUACCAGAGGAACAUAUUGUUGAUGCAUUUGCUUGAUGUGCUACCUUUCAGGAA